AUGCUCAUACCGCCACCCAUCCCAUCCUCCCUCUCCCUCCCUUCUACAGUGCAAGACAUCAGAGGCCAUGCGACCCAAUUGUCGGAUGCGAAUUCGCUUCGAGCGACGAUGAGGAGUCAGCUCAAAGUCGCCCACAAGCUCGGCGUGCACCACGCCGAUUGGAGUGCUUGUGUCAAGGUGCGUGGAUCGGCAAGUGGCUUACGGGUCGCUUGGUCGAGCGAGCGAGCGCGGAGAAGCACACGAGCGCAUGUGGGGCAGCCGCACAGGCAGCAGACUCCGAGUCGACUGCUGAUCUGAUCCUGUACCAUCUCCGCUCUCGGCUCCCCAGGCGACGACCGACUACCUGCCCUACCUCUACGCGAUCCUAGGCUGCAUCGAAGCCGACGACCUCCUCCUCAAAGCCGAUCCAGGUGCGUACAACCCACUCCCCCCCGACUAGCGCUCUCAGUUCGACUCGCUCACCCCCCCCCCCCCCCGCCCGUGCGCUCACAGUCUUUACUUGGCGAAUGACCUUGUCCACUCAGGCGCUCAAAAAGCCCCAUCACAAGGUCGCUCUUCCUUCCUAGUACGUUAUCGGCUCCAGUCCUGCACACUAGAGCGGCACUGACGCCGUUCCCCCAAAACAAAAAAACAGCCACUACGAGCUCGCUUCUACGCUCCUCUGCCACGCCCUCUGCCUCUCCAACAACUCGGCCUCCCUCGUCGCCUCCUUGGGAUCCUACGAAUUCUCCAACACGCUUUCCACGACCGACUUGAGAAGGCAUGAUCAAGUCGUACAAAAAGCGGCGGAGAUGCUUUGUCGCGCAGCCGGACUGUUGGCGCAUUUAUCAGAGGUCGUCAUUCCGAGAUGGGAGACCGCCGUCGGAUUGGACAGUUUGGCCAAGUCGAGACCGUUCGAAUUGACGAGGGAGGUGACGAUGGGUUUGGCAAAGUAGGCUCAACGAAUAAAAAGUCUGAGCGAGCGUUUUGGGUUAGCGUACAGUACACUGAUUCGAGGUCGAGAUUUUUUUUUCUUCUUUUUUUCGACCCAGAUUAUGCGAAGCAGACGCCAACCUCCUCGCUAUACGACGAUUGCUUUCCCGAUCCCUUUCAGUAGCUCAUUCAACCACCACACCCGGACCACCGCUCUCCUCAACGCACCCCUCCCCCUCCCUCUUAGCGAAACUACAUCUCCACGUUCACCAACUCUACGACGCCGCACGAUCGCUCAUCAAAGCUCCCAACCACUCCGGCGGCGGCGGUGAAAUUUCACAAGCUUUGAGAACGUACCUCUCCCAGGGUAGAGCUUUGGCUUUGGCUUUGAGUUGGAAAUGGUUGGGAGUCGAUUGUGGAGAAUCGGGAGGGAGGGAGAGGUGCGGUGAUGCUGUCGGUUGGUUGGGGAUGAGUAGGAAGGAAUUGGACGAGAUUCAGAAUGCGAAUAAGGGCUUGAUCGGCGUGAUCAAGAGAGGCAAGGAAGGGGCUAAAGUUAGAAAAGGUAAAGUUGGGGAAGAGGUGGAGAGUGUGGCGAGGUUCUUGAACGCUUAUAAGAAGGUCAACGAUUCGGUCAGUUCCAGUUCAGGAAUCGGACGGGCGAUCUCUUUCGUUGGACCAGUAUGCGGGGAGAAGCUGACCCCCCCCCCCCUCCCCUUACGAUCGUCGAAAUAGGUUCAUUUCAUGCCCGUCCCUUCUCCCUCCACACUUCAACUACGCGUACCAGCCGGACGAGCCGCCCUUUCAGCCAAAGUUUUCACCCCUCCAUCACCGGCGUUCAAAUCGAGAUCGGCGUACAAUGGACCGAUGGACGUCCCUCCUCCCCCGAGGGCACUGGAGACGGAGUUUGGGAAGUUAGGGAUUGGGACGACGGGAGGCGGUGCGGAUAGUUCUGAUGAGGAUGGGGACGGAGAAGGUACGGAGGGGGAUUACUUUGGAGCGGGGCAGUACUUUUAG